UCCCGUCCUCGGCGGCUCCUCCCCCGCAGAAAUCCCCUGGCCGCGGUGUAUAUGCGAGGCGGCGCCGCCACUGCCGCUCACUCGCAGCGCCCGCAGCUCCGUCGCCAUGAUCAGCGCCCGCCGCGCCGCCGAGCCACCCGCCAUGGAGGGCUACGAGCACCCCAAGAAGGACCGUCAGGGCGGGUUCCCGCUCGACGAUCGCCACGACAGUGGCUUGGACUCCAUGAAGGAGGAGGAGUACCGGCAGCUGGUGAAGGAGCUGGAGGACAUACGGCUACAGCCCCGCGAGCCGCCCGCCUGGGCACAGCAGCUGACGGAGGACGGAGACACUUUUCUCCAUUUGGCAAUUAUUCACGAGGAAAAAGCCCUGAGCCUGGAGGUGAUCCAACAGGCAGCCGGCGACCGGGCUUUCCUGAACUUCCAGAACAACCUCAGCCAGACUCCUCUUCACCUGGCAGUGAUAACUGAUCAGCCUGAAAUUGCUGAGCAUCUUCUGAAGGCUGGAUGCGACCUGGAAGUCAGGGACUUCCGAGGAAACACCCCCCUGCACAUUGCCUGCCAGCAGGGCUCUCUUAGGAGCGUCAGCGUCCUCACGCAGUACUGCCAGCCACACCACCUCCUCGCUGUCCUGCAGGCAACCAACUACAAAGGACAUACGUGUCUUCAUUUGGCAUCCAUUCAAGGAUACCUGGCUAUUGUCGAGUAUCUGCUGUCCUUGGGAGCAGAUGUAAAUGCACAGGAGCCAUGCAAUGGCAGAACAGCACUACAUUUGGCUGUUGAUCUGCAGAAUUCAGACCUGGUGUCUCUUCUUCUGAAACAUGGGGCAGAUGUGAACAAAGUGACCUAUCAGGGCUAUUCCCCCUAUCAGCUCACAUGGGGAAGAGACAACUCAAGCAUACAGGAAAAGCUGAAGCAGCUGACCACAGCUGACCUGCAGAUGUUGCCGGAAAGUGAGGAUGAGGAGAGCAGUGAAUCGGAACCUGAAUUCACAGAGGAUGAACUUAUAUAUGAUGACUGCCUUAUUGGAGGACGACAGCUGGCAUUUUAAAGCAGAGCUUUCUGUGAAGUGACUAUAUACAUAUGUAUAGAAAAAGGACUGACUUUCUUCAUUUAAAAAGAAAGUCGCAAUGUGGAGAGAAAAACCAGGAAGGAAAUACUACACUGCCCAGCAAGGAGAAGGAGCUCAUAAUUUUAACAAGACAGUUCCAGGAUCUGCCCUGUGUUUAAAUACAGGAGUGGGAUAUGUAACAUCAGUAGAGAUCUGUGAUUAUUCACGCCACCUGAUAAAGAGUCGUGUAGCCCAUUUUCUCAGCCCUACAAAGGUAACAGACUACACAUCCAACCUGCUCAUUACAGAGAGCUUGCUUGUGGCAUUAAGUACUGCAAGGAACACGUGUACUUUCAUGGCAAGGUGGACUCAUACCAACACCCCUUCUUCUCAGAGUCUGUGUGUUAAUUUGCGUUGGGCUAGUGGCAGUCCCUGGCGUUACUGACUGACCUCAGGUCGGGGUCAGUGCUCUCAGUGGGGCGUUCCAAGUGGAGGAGUCGGACCAAGGGACUGGUGACCUCCUGGCUCAUAGGAGAAAGUAGCAAUAAUGUUAACUGUGGGCAUUGGAAACAGUGUGUUUCACACCAUGUGUGUCAUAAUUGCUACACUUUUUAGCAAUUGUAUAUUGUGUAAAUACUGUACAUUUUUUGUUUAUAAUUAUUUUGGUACAUGUGAGAUAUGUAUUUAUUAAAAAAAGUCAGAUUACUGUA